UGCUCGCGUGUUGUCCGGCGAUUCAUUAAAAUUCAACGACGCUUCCUGUAGCGAGCUUGCUCCUGGCUAAGGAAAAAGGAAUCCAUCGGAAUGGCUCCAAGCGCAUCCAAGAAGUCAAAGAAGCACAUCGAGAGCAUUAAUGCUCGUCUUGCUUUGGUAAUGAAGUCCGGCAAGUACAGACUGGGCUACCAACAGAGCCUGAAGGUGGUGCGAUCUGGCAAGGCAAAGCUCGUCAUCAUUGCCGAGAAUACCCCAGCUCUGAGGAAGUCAGAGAUUGAGUACUACGCAAUGCUGGCCAAAACUGGAGUCCAUCACUACAACGGCACCAACGUCGAGCUCGGCACUGCAUGUGGCAAGUACUUCAGCGUGGGCACCUUAGUCAUCACUGAUCCCGGUGACUCUGAUAUCAUCAGGACCAUGCCUACUGGUGAUCAACAGUAAAUUUGAUCCAAAUGCA